GUGUACAUCUGGUUGCCUUCUCGUUGCUCAACAAAGUCGUUUAGUUGUUGCCUAAUUUGUAAAUUAAAAUGUUUUUUUGAAAAAAGUGCUACAAUAUCAUUCAGUUUUUCAUUAUUUGAUUUGAUUAAAAAAGCGAAAAUCAUAUUUUUAGAUACGACAAUUUAAAAAAAUAAUUCCGACUUGCGCUGUUAAAAAAAAUUGUUUUCUAUACUGUGUUAGUAUAUAUGUUUAGUGAAUCUCGUUGAAUGUUGACAAAUACCUGUCUUUGACAAACAAAUGGCAUAAAUUUACAGAAAUUAACAUUAAAGUGUAAUUCUCAAAUUAAUAAUAUGGCUGCACUUAGUGGUUUCGUUGAUUUCUUUCAAAAAGGAAAGACAUUCAGACCUAAAAAGAAAUUUGCCCAUGGUACAUUAAGAUAUUCUUUACAUAAACAAGCACAAGCUUCUCUUAAUUCCGGUAUUAAUUUACGCGCCGUCGUUAAAUUGCCACCUGGAGAAGAUUUAAGCGAUUGGAUUGCUGUUCAUGUGGUCGAUUUUUUCAAUAGAAUAAAUCUCAUAUAUGGAACAGUUUCUGAAUAUUGUGAUUCUGCGUCAUGUCCAACAAUGAGUGGUGGGGCAAGAUUUGAAUAUUUGUGGGCUGAUGGUGAAAAAUAUAAAAAACCAACAGCCUUACCGGCACCACAAUAUGUUAAUCUUCUAAUGGACUGGACUGAAAAUCAAAUUAAUAAUGAAAAUGUCUUCCCAGUGUCGACUGAUGUACCAUUUCCGAAAACUUUUAUUCCACUGUGUCGAAAAAUUUUGACCCGUCUAUUCCGAGUGUUCGUUCAUGUCUACAUUCAUCAUUUUGAUCGAAUAGUCGCAAUUGGAGCGGAAGCUCAUGUCAACACAUGUUACAAGCAUUUUUACUACUUUGUCACAGAAUUUGAAUUAAUAAAUCACAAAGAAUUGGAACCAUUAGCGGAAAUGACUUCCAAAGUGUGUAAAGAUACUACAGAAGUGACAAAUUCAAGAUAGUUUAUUUUAUUCAAUCACUUUUAUCAUUGCAAUGAAAUUUAUUAUAGCAGUAAAUGAUUUUCUACUUGCUUCCUAUGUAAUUUGAAAAUUAUUCGAAUUUUAUUCGUAUAUAAGCCAAUUACGACAAUAUUGAGAGGAAGAAUUUCAUUAAAUUUUUUACAAAAGCAUCGUAAUUUAUAUAAAAAUGGAAAAUUAAAUCCUAUGUACAUAAAAAUUACUUUCAAUUUUUUUUUUUUUUUUCAUUAGCAAUUUACUCCAUUAUGCAUUAGAUUCAAUAUUAUCAUUGUUGUUCUUUUUUUUAAAAUAAUAUUUAACUUCUUGAAGUACUUACUAGAUUUUAAUUUAAUUAAUAAUUACAUUUUUAUCUGCAAAUAAUGUAAAAAUUAAUUAAAUUAGAAUAAAUAAUUGUAAAAGUAAUAAUAGAUGAUAGAAUUAAUUUUUAGCAUUUUUUUUUAAGUCUCGAAUGAUUUUAAUAUGAAAUCAAUUUAUAGCUCAUAAUAUGUAUCGGUGUUUGUUAAAAUAUUUGUUAAAUUUAGGAAAUACGUUUUGUAAAUGUUCUAGUCAACAUUAAAUUUUGUUCUAUUUUUAGACAAUUCUAAAAUGAUAAAACACAUUCUUUUUUGUCAUCUAUUUUUUGGCAAAAAAAAAAAAAAGGAAAAUUAGUUUGUUGCAUAAUAUUUAAUAAUAAAUUCAUCACUGAUUAAUAAAUUUUAAUUUAAAAUUUAUUUAUUUUUUAUAGGUUUUCUCAAUUUUAGAAAUAAUAAGACAAAGUAAAUUAAAAUUGUGUAAUUAUAAUUUUUAAUACAAAAAAAAGAAGUUACGCAACAAUCUAAUAUACAAUAAAAAUUUGUACCUAUACAAAAAAAAAACAGAAAAUCAAUAAAGCGAUUUGAUUUAAUAAAAGAUUUGUACAUUUUUUAAUAAAGAUGACUUGAAAGAAUUUUUUAAUACUGAUUUAAUGAUAGACAAUUGUUUUUAUUGCAAAAAAAAAAAAAUUUAUCCUUAUCAAAUUAACGUAUAGAUGAGUCAAAUUUAUUAAAUUGAUAAGCCAAAUACAAAUAGUGGAAAAACAAUGAAUGAUUUAGUUUCUUUUUUACAACUCACAUUGAUGUAUAAUGCAAAAAAAUAAAAAUAAUUUUACGAAUUUUUUUUU